AUGACAUCCUCUCCGCGGCCUGUCUCAGCCUCCGCGACUCCUACAACCUCUCAUCCCGCCCACACUCUCCUCCAGCGAGCCCACUCCCCCGACACAGCAAGCCGCAUCUUCACCGACAAGGUCCGCAACAAACCACUCCUCCUGCAAACGACAUCGUCCUCAGACAAAGACAAACGCGCGCUCCGCCGACACGUCCGGCUGCGCAAGAAGGAAUAUCACCUACGCAAGCGCAAGCCCAGGCCUCUUAGCGCGAAGGAGAAGAGGCAGCUCGGCGUGUUUGAGCUCAAGAAGGAGGAAAUCAAGUAUGAAAUCUACCGGAAGCUGCACGAGAUGUGGAACGGAUAUAUGCUCGAAGUCCUCGGGUACACUCGAGACGGGAAGGUCAACGCGGGCGGGCUGAACAAGGCAGUGACCGCACAGGGCCAUGGAAGUCUUCUUGCGAGCGCAGAUUUCCACGGAGCGCUUGUCGAGGUUGUGCGUGCGAAAGACGUAGGCAAGGUUGGCAGCAAGGGCAUUGUGGUUCGGGAUACAAGGUAUACGUUUGUCCUUGUGACCGAGCAGGACGAGGUGAAGACUGUGCCUAAGAAGGAUUGCGUGUUCAGGUAUGGCGUAGAGAUCCCUCUGUACCAACAGACGGAGGAGCAGAAAAUGGUGGAACAUGACGGUGUUGCGACGAAGGAACACGAGCAGCCAGUGAACGGCGACAACGAUGAGAUGGAAGUCGAAAAGAAAGAAGAGGCGAACAAGACAAGGACACUGGUGUUCGAGUUGCAUGGGAAUCAAUUCGAGUUUAGGCCGGCGGAGAGAGCAAAUCGCAAAUUCAAGUGGAAGGUCACCGACUAUCUGUGA